UCACUUCCUGAACAACACCUAGCAGUUUUUAACCCGAAAAUUCCCUCUGGAUUCUGAGGUGGGCUUGGGAUCAUGGCUGGCAGUCUCAGCACAGGUACGACCCCCCCUGGUCUCACCACGGCGGCACCUUCUGGUAACCGUGGAAGUGUGGAUGCUGCUGACAUAGCUGUGGUAGUCGUUUACUUUAUUGUCGUCAUGGUGACUGGCAUCUGGGCAUCAGUCCGAGCCAAUCGAACCACUGUGGGUGGGUACUUUUUGGCUGGUCGUUCAAUGACCUGGUGGCCUAUUGGUGCCUCCCUCAUGUCCAGUAAUGUUGGCAGCGGCUUGUUUAUCGGCCUCGCAGGAACUGGAGCUGCUGGAGGCAUCGCUGUUGGAGGAUUUGAAUGGAAUGCAGCAUGGGUUCUGGUAGCUUUGGGUUGGAUCUUCAUCCCUGUCUACAUCUCUGCUGGUGUGGUCACUAUGCCUGAAUACUUGGCCAAACGUUUCGGAGGUCGAAGGAUUCGAAUAUACAUGUCGGUCCUGUCACUCCUCCUCUAUAUAUUCACCAAAAUUUCGACUGAUAUGUUCUCAGGUGCAUUGUUCAUCCAGGUAUCUUUUGGCUGGAACCUUUAUUUGUCCACAGGUGUGCUUUUGCUGGUAACCGCUGUUUACAGUGUGGCAGGUGGGUUGGCCGCAGUCAUCUACACUGAUGCGCUACAGACUGUGAUCAUGGUGGGAGGAGCCUUCACACUUAUGUUCAUAGCUUUCUCCAAAGUGGGUUGGUAUGAGGGUCUUGUAGCCCAAUACAUGUCCAGUGUUCCAUCAGUAACAGUUCUAAACACCAGCUGUCAUUUUCCACGCGCUGAUGCCUUCCACAUGCUGAGAGACCCGGUGUCUGGAGACCUACCUUGGCCUGGACUGGUGUUUGGGCUUACAGUACUGGCCACUUGGGUGUGGUGCGCGGAUCAGGUCAUCGUCCAGAGGUCUCUGUCAGCAAAAUCCUUAUCUCAUGCCAAAGCAGGAAGUGUUUUAGGAGGUUACCUGAAGCUGCUGCCCAUGUUCUUUAUUGUGAUGCCUGGGAUGAUCAGCCGAGCACUGUUCCCAGAUGAGGUUGGAUGUGUGGAUCCAGCUGUUUGUCAGAAUGUUUGUGGAGCUUCAGUUGGUUGUUCAAACAUUGCCUAUCCCAAACUAGUGAUUGAGCUUAUGCCUGUGGGGGUCCGUGGUCUGAUGCUGGCAGUCAUCUUAGCUGCUCUGAUGUCCUCGCUGACCUCCAUCUUCAACAGCAGCUCCACUUUGUUCACUCUGGACCUCUACCAUAAAGCCAGGCCCAAUGCUUCAGAGAAAGAGCUGAUGAUUGUUGGAAGGAUUUUCAUCCUGGUCCUGAUGUGCAUCAGUUUGGUGUGGAUUCCAGUCAUCCAAACUGCCAACAGUGGGCAGCUUUUCGACUACAUCCAAUCAGUCACAAGCUUCUUGGCCCCUCCCAUUACUGCAGUCUUCGUCAUGGCGAUUUUCUGGCCUCGAGUCAAUGAGCAUGGUGCAUUCUGGGGGCUGAUGGCCGGUUUGGUGGUCGGGCUGAUCCGCAUGGUUCUGGAAUUCUGCUUCCCGCCCCCUGCUUGUGGUCAGACAGAUGGCCGGCCUGCUGUGGUGGCUGAUGUUCACUACCUGUACUUUGCACUCAUCCUAUUGGCCUUUACUGGACUCGUCAUUGCUGCUGUCAGCUUGGCCACUGCUCCCAUUUCUGAGGAACAUUUACACCGGCUGACCUGGUGGUCCAGAUUCAGCACUGAGCCACGCGUCGAUUUAGAAAAUCCCCAGACUUCACCUGACCCAGGAAGCUGGACCAGCUCUGGAGCUGACAGCUCAACACGAUCCAAAUGGAAGGCAGUAGCUCUGUGGCUCUGUGGUCUGAGUGGUAAAAACCCUGAAUCGGAACCUCCAAGGACUGAAAACUGUGAUCAGAAUUUCCUGCAAGAGAAGUCUGUCUGGAGAAAUGUCUGUAAUUUUAAUGCUCUGCUACUGUUGGCUGCCAAUGUCUUUCUCUGGGGAUACUUUGCAUAAUGUACAACUUUUUUUCUUUGAUCCAUUUGUUUUCUGCAGCUUUACAGAAAAGGUUUCUGUUCGCCUGCAAUCAUUGGUGCAGUCAGCCCUGACUGUCUAAAUCUGGCUUGGAACAAGGUUCAAACCUGAAAGCUGCCGCUCCAUACAACCUUAAACACUCCUGAAGUUUAAAUCUACUGCUGAUGGCAGAAAGCAAGUGUACAAAGUUCGUUUUGUAGUUUUAAUAUCAGGUCAUCCAGUUGAGAAGACAUCAGUCAUGUCGCCUACAGGUUUUUUGUUAUCAUCUACUGUUUUAUACUUUUGAUAAAACCCUACAGGCUGAUUCAUUCUCAAAAUUAAACAUGUCACUGUGUAAGAACGGGCGGAGUCACAGUCAUAGCAACAACUAAGCUUCUGACAAUGUUUGCUCUGGAAACUUUACUGUGAAAACCUUUGGUUUGUAACGUACACUUUGACAAACAGCUUCAAUAUGUAUUUGGAUUCUGGCUAAAGCAUACAGUCACCCAUGAUGAGUAAUUGUUGUAAAUCAAUUUUGUAUUUUAAAACAGCUUUAAUUUACCGUGAAAAAUGUCCUUUAACUGCUGUUUGAGAGUUGUAAAUUAAAACAUCUUGUGUAGUGAUUACAGUAUUAAAUGCUGUUAAGUA